ACAGAGAUAGGUUGAAUAAGUUAGGUCUUUAUUCUCUGGAGCGCAGAAGGUUAAGGGGGGACUUGAUAUAGGUCUUUAAAAUGAUGAGAGGGAUAGACAGAGUUGAUGUGGACAAGCUUUUCCCUUUGAGAAUAGGGAAGAUUCAAACAAGAGGACAUGACUUCAGAAUUAAGGGACAGAAGUUUAGGGGUAAUAUGAGGGGGAACUUCUUUACUCAGAGAGUGGUAGCGGUGUGGAAUGAGCUUCCAGUGGAAGUGGUGGAGGCAGGUUCAUUGGUAUCAUUUAAAAUUAAAUUGGAUAGGCAUAUGGAUGAGAAGGGAAUGGAGGGUUAUGGUAUGAGUGCAGGCAGGUGGGACUAAGGGGAAAAAAAGUUGUUCGGCACGGACUUGUAGGGCCGAGAUGGCCUGUUUCCGUGCUGUAAUUGUUAUAUGGUUAUAUGUUAUAUGGUUACAUCAAUGAUUUAGAUGAAAGGAUUCAGUAACACUGGCAAAUUUGCAGAUGGCUUUCAUAACAAGAGGAGUUGAGUAUAGGAACAAAGAGGUCCUUCUGCAGUUGUACAGGGCCACAGUGAGACCACACUUGGAGUAUUGUGUGCAGUUUUGGUCUCCAAAUUUGAGGAAGGGCAUUCUUGCUAUUGAGGGAGUGCAGCUUAGGUUCAUUCCCGGGAUGGCGGGAUUGUCAUAUGCUGAGAGAAUGGAGCAGCUGGGCUUGAUUACUUUGGAAUGUAAAAGGAUGAGAGGGUAUCUUAUUGAAACAUAUAAGAUUAUUAAGGGUUUGGACACACUAGAGGCAGGAAACAUGUUCCCGAUGUUGGGGGAGUCCAGAACCAGGGGCCACUGUUUAAGAAUAAGGGGUAAGCCAUUUAGAACGGAGAUGAGGAAACAUUUUUUCACAAAGAGAGUUGUGAGUCUGUGGAAUUGUCUGCCUCAGAGGGUGGUGGAGGCCGGUUCUCUGGAUACAUUCAAGAGAGAGUUAGAUAAGGCGCUUAAAGAUAGCUGUCAGGGGAUAUGGGGAGAAAGCAGGAACGGGGUACUGAUUGGGGAUGAUCAGCCAUCAUCACAUUGAAUGGCGGUGCUGGCUCGAAGAGCCGAAUGGCCUACUCCUGCACCUAUUGUCCAUUGUCUGUCAAAUGCAGGUGUAUGUAUAGCUCAAGGGAGGAGUGUGAAAGUGUCUCAAGUGUUUGGAGGCGUAGCAAGGGUGACAAUUAAAAAUUACGGUGCAGAAAGUUUAGCAGACAAUGAGCUAGCACUGGUUGAUCGCGUGUAUUGUGGGUGUGACUAAAGUUUGCCGCUUCAGCCAAGAGUAUAAUUAGUGGUCACAGUUUGUACGCGAACACCGUGCGGAGUGUGCCGUUAAUAAUUAAGGAAGCGCUACUUUCGAUCUUCAAAAAGUUCAUCAUUUGUGAAAGUUGGGUGCAUCGGUCCUAUUAAUGGCAAGCACGACGACAGUGGUUGUUCAUCAGCCCGUAGCUGUGGGGAACAGGAAUGGCCAAUGGAGCAGCGGACAGUGCGGUGUGUGUGACGAUAUGACCGUCUGCACGUUGGGUUUUUUCUGCCCAAUGUUUUUGGGAUGUUACUUGGCCGACAGAUAUGGAGAGAACUGCUGUGUGGCCAUGCUGCCUGGAGGCAUGGUGGCAUUGAGAACACACAUGCGGCUUUCAUACGGUAUCCAGGGAUCGAUCUGUGAAGAUGCUAUGCUCAUUUCAUGUUGUCCGGUGUGUGAAUAUUGUCGAAUGGCUCGAGAGAUGCGUAUACGCCAGAGAUAACACGAAGGCCU